AUGGCGUCGCGUCGAGAAAUGAUGGUGAUUGUCCGCUCGACGAGCAAAACCUCUCUCUCGCGCGCCACCGGACGCCCCGCUCGACGCGCGCGCGUCGCCAGCGCCGCGGACGAUUUGUCUUCCGCGCCAGACGGCGCGAGUGGGAAUUUUGAGCGGUUGAUCGCGCGCAACGCGUGGUUGUUCCCGGCGCCCGAGCUCGACGCCGAGCGCGAGGCGCUGGACGCGUUCUGGCGACAAAAAGGCGCGAUCGAUGGCUCCAUGCGCGCGGCUUUGGUGGAGAUGGGAAAAGAUUUGGCCACGGAGGAGGCGGCGCGGGAGCUGUACGGGGAUCCGGAGGCGCUCGGGCACGCGGUGGAACGCCUGGAGGCGUUGCUGCCGAACGGGACGAGCGUCGCGCGGAUGUUAUGGCACUGCCCGGAGGUUUUGAAGUUACCGCUGAGUGAAAUCGCGCAGAGGAUGAUUGCGCUGAAGCGAGCGUUCCCGCGAGCGGACGCUGAGCGGAUUUUAGAGGGGAAUCCUGGGGCGCUCUUGACGGAUGACUUGGAACGCGUCGCGGCGGCGUUGGAGGAGCUCCAGCGCGAGUUUCCGAGGGUAGACAUGAACGCCGUGGUGAACUUCGAGCCGCACGUCGUGCAUGAAUCCCUCCCGUCACGCGUCAGGGCGAUCAAGGGGGUAAAACCGGGGAACAGAUCUCCAUCGCUUCGGGCGUUUUAUCCGCCGCCGAGCGACGCGCCCGAUGGUCGAACCGAACCGGCGAGCAACGCCGCGCUCUUCGCCAAGGUCUUCUUGUUAGAGACGGAUGGAUGUUAUCCGCGUUCAAAUUUCUAG